UGUUAUAAAAGUGCCGGGUUUGAUCACUUUUAUCAAAUAAAAAGAUACAGGCUGAAGAAAGAAGACCACCUACUUGACUUUGCUGAGGUAAUGUGAUUUAUCUUCUUAUUUUAUGCGCAAAUAUGAUAGCAAAUCCUCCUAAAGGGUCAUUCUUCUUCCAUUCUCUUGUGUAGCGGAAAAGAUAAAUGCACGGUAGUUGCAGAGUUAAAGCGAUUAAAUUUCAAAAGCCGGUUUUCAUCGCUGAAGUAUGGAAGCCUCAAAUUGUAACACGUAAUGAAUAUUUUAGUCUGGGAAACUUAGAAACGUGGAAUAAAAAUGUGAAUUUGGUAAAUUUUACUACGGAAACUUAGAAACAUUGAAUAAAAAUGUGUAUUACUAUUAGAGUUAUUAUUACAGUAUUAUUAAAUGAAGGCAUUAAUGGAAAAUAUUAGGAUUUAGCCCUCUUAGUAAGCAAUGGAUCAAGAUGUAUGGUUUAAUCCCCUUUUUCUUCAAAUAUAAUAAUUUCCCACCAUACAAAGUUAUACUGUUUUAAUAGGAUAAUUAUCUAUCAAACUUUGUCUUGGUUUUUCAUGUUAAAAAAAGUUAACUGGGUUUAUUCUCGUCAAUUGAUCAACUGAUAAUUUAAGUUUCAUUGAAAUGUCCAGCGGUAAUUGAAAUGCAGGGGUAAAAACGAUUAGCAUAAUAAAUAAACAUUUUUUUCCAGGUAUGCCUGUAUGCAGCUGCAAAUCACACAGCGACAAAAGCGCUGCUGUAUACAAAAUUGCAAACAAAAAAUUUAAGAAAUGCGUAAUACAAACACUUAUAGACAAGACGUUGUUGAAUGAAAAAUCAACAUAUUUGUGCACAACAUGUGCUAAUGAAUGCUUAGCUUCAUUAACUGAUGACCCAGUACACAAAGCUGUGGAUGAUAUUCUAAAGCUUAUUGCCGAGGAUAAGUUAUCCACCAUUCAGAAAACAAAAAUUCUGCGAGCUCUAAUUCAGAAGGAGAAAAUCGCCAUUGAAGAUGACUGCAAAAGCCUGUGUUCUAAAUACAAAGACACGAACUAUCUUCGUUCAUUAAAUACAUCAGAAUGGCUAGCAGACAGGAAUUAUCUAGUGACCAUUUUUUUGUGUAGCAUAUCUGGUAGAGAAAUCAAGGAACUGUCGGAAAAGCAGGCAUGAAGUGAAGUGAAUUCUGCUUUAGAACAAAUUUAUUCCCUGGGGACAUCAAACAUCAUAUUACCCUUCACUUUCAGUAAAAACUUGCUUUCAUAUUACUUGUCUGGAAGUAAGGCUGUUUGUACGAUCAACGCAGUAGCAGGUCCAGGGGGGAGCUAUCAGACAAUUCUAUCGUGGAUAUCUCAGCAGGGAGGAGAUCCUGUCUCUAUUAGUCAUGAUACUGACCUACUCACGUUUUUCGAUAACAACCAAGUACUGACUCGAAGAUGGCGGGUAAAUUAUGAUAACAAAACCAUUCUUUCGGCAAUCACCACCAUUAUCCACCUCUUCCCUUCCAUUCCAUCACAUCUGCAGCUAAAUCCGGACCUAUCACCCAGACACUGGCUACAUUGUAAACAAAUUUCUUCAAUUCUUACCAGCUUUCCACAACAUUUAGACAAAUUUUCAGACAUUUUCCGAAAUUUACGCAUGCAGUUUAUUAAUGAACGUCUCAAAAUAGUGUACAAUAACCACAAAGAUGGACUAACAGGACCAACAGACAGUAUAGAGGAAGGUGUUAGAGGCAGGAAAAGGAAACGAGAAGAGGAUGAACAAACUGGAACUUCAAGGAUUAGAGAUGACCCAUACAACUUUGUCCCACACAAUCAUACAGGAAAACCAAACAUCAUCAUGGGUAACCCUGUUCCAAAGAAUCCCUGCUCAUACGAAGCAGUUAGGGAUGUUCUACGUGCCAUAAAAGAAGAAACAACGGGAGAAGAGCGACAAUGGACGGUAGUCGGAUGUGAUGGUCUUCCCUACCUCAUUGGUAACAAAGUCAUCCAGCGGGAAGACGAUCUUCACGACAUCCUCAUUGUGCCAGGUCUUGGCCAUUUUGAGAUCAACAUGACCAAAGCCAUCAUUAAAUUGGUGUGGGACAUAUUUGGAGAGAAUUUGGCCAAGAUGCUGGGAUAUAGAUCCAUCAAAGCCCUCAAUGCAUGCCACGAGGCCAAUGACCAUCAUAAAGCUUUCCAGUUUGUAGAAAUACUUCUUUUUGGCACAGGAGAUGAACUAAUUACCCCUUAUGUUCGCGAGUGCAUAUCUAAAGAAAGGUCACCAACAGCCCUUGGAUAUUUCAAGUGGUGCAGCACAGUCACUGACUCCAACUACAGGUUUGUCCAGGAGAUAGUCUUCACUUAUAUCCUCGCAUUAUAUAUCUUUCGCGUGGGCAUACGAAGAAACAACGCCAUGGUAAUGAUGGCCGGGAGGUUGAAAUUUGCUCCAUUGUAUUUUGGAUUAAAUAAAUUCAAUUACCAACAAAUAGAAGUCUUGGACUCCAUCAUGAGACUUAGUGCUCCUCCUGAAGUUCUGCAUUUCUUAAAUCAGAACGAAUCCAUGACUCAAUCUGGGCAUCAAAGUAAAGGAGAAGGUGGUGAUUUUAUUCUUGAGUCCCUGAACAGGAUGACGAAGCGUUGGCUACCACCAGGUGCUCCGAAAUUUGUACACUGGAACCAUGCCUGCAGGAAUCUAGAUAAGCUAGAGAAGGUUUUAUCAUAACCAUGACUUCUGCGUUGGUGGUGGUGUUUAUUUCUUUUACCUGAAAGAUAAGUCAAUUAUUUUUAUUUUAAGGAAAAAGUUCUUGAAUUUCUCAAUUUAAUUGAUGUAAAUGUGGCAAUUGCAUCUUAUUACUUUUUCAUUACAUGUAUACAUUUUAUUCAAAGAUUCGUGAAAACAUCUACACAUUGUUUGGAGUACAUGAGGAAAAAGGUGCUGAUAUUAUAUAUCAUACCAAUCUCGAAAAUGAAAUAAAGAAUUGGAGGAUGAGAUUAAGAGAGUCGGAGUAUUUAACAACACCAUUUAAAGACCCCAAAAAAAAACACCGUACGGUUGCUCCACGGAUCACUGAAUGUGGGCGGAGCUUAUCCAUGGUCAAUGUUAUUUACCUGGAAUUUACCUGGCCAAGAGAUCGGUUGUUGUGUAUAUUUUUAUGAUAUACACAGGAAAUUUUUCAGGUUAUUACAAAUUAUGCUUAGUAUCUUGAUUUGUGCAACAACAAAAAAGAAUAAAUAAAAUUUCUACCUACAUGGAUACCGCAUUUCUAUUUCCCGUAAACCUUCAAACUUGGUCAUAUUUAUGUAUUGCAAAUAACAGGUUUAGCCCAUUUCUAAACCUUUGCUUUUUAAAACUCCUAAUUAAAUUGUUAUAUAUCGUAUAUAAAUAAUUUCCUAAAUAUAAUAUUACCCGGCGUUUCCGGGCACUUCCUGGUGUCCUGGGAGUUCGCGGUGUCGUGGGUGUAGUAGGUAAAAUAUCCAUGUUUCGAGAGAAUGAAUAAAUCCAAGUAGAUCUGUGUACAUGUACAUGUACAACCAAAUGAAGAAUGAUCAAGAUACCCCUCAAUAUGGGCCGUCUGUAGGGUUUCUGUAGCUGUAGUGUUUGCAUAAUGGUGGUAUCCCAAACAGAAGCUGACACGAAGUCUACACCACCCCCCCCCCCUCCUCUCUCUCUCUUUAGGGUUUCUGUGGACGUAGUGUUUGUGUAACGAUGGCAUCCCAAACAGAAGCUGACACGAAGUAUACACCCCCUCCUCUCUCUCUCUCUCUCUCUUUAGGGUUUCUGUGGAGGUAGUGUUUGUGUAACGAUGGUAUCCCAAACAGAAGCCGACACAUAGCUAGUCUACCCCCCCCUUUCUCUCUCUCCCUUACUCUCAAUCAUUGACUAAAUGAGUAAUUAUUGUCAUACGUAUGCAACACUAUUGCCAUGCCUUAUUAUUUCAUCUAUCUUUAUUAUUGCUACAGUUUUACAUAUUUCUCUCUCUCUCUCUUUAUAAAUAUAAAACCGUGAUCAAUUAUAAAUAGCUCAAUAACUCUCUCUCUCUCUCUCUCUCUCUCUCUCUCUCUCUCUCUCUCUCUCUCUUUAUAAAUAUAAAACCGGGAUAAAUUAUCAAUAGAAAUAUCUCAAUAACUCUCUCUCUCUCUCUCUCUCUAAAUAUAAAGCCGUGAUAAAUUAUAAAUAGAAAUAUCUCAGUAACUCUCUCUCUCUCUCUCUCUCUCUCUCUCUAAAUAUAAAGCCGUGAUAAAUUAUAAAUAGAAAUAUCUCAAUAACUUAUUUAUGCUUUUUUACUAUUGUUUGAUUUCUGAUUGUGUAAUUUAUAAUCCAUGUGGUAUCUCAAACAGAAGCAUUUUUUUUAAACUACUGUAUCAGUUUUACGCAUGGGCAAUAUAACUAUUAAACAUAUUGAUGUGCUGCGCCAAUAAAGAAUUGUUCAUGUUUUUAUAAAUAUAAAGCCACAAUAAAUCAUUAAUAGAAAAUAUUCCAAUAACUUGUGUUUGUUUGGUGUUUUUUUUUUUUAUUAUUAUUGUUUGAUUUCUGAUUGUUUAAUCUAUAAUACAUGUAUAAAGAUGGAGGGAGAAAAUACGAUUAGAAAUUAAAAUAUUCUAAGUGCAAGUCAAUGCUAUCAAAACUCAGGUAUACUGGGGCUUUCCUCGAGAUCUGAAGACUGCCGGUCAUCAUUAGCCAUGAUUGUUAUCAAAACAUCUUUCUCAGGUAGCUGUAGACCACGGUCUCUGCAAAUGUCAAUCAACCUAAGCUCUAUUGUUAAAAGUUUGAUUGACCAGCGGCUUAUCAUUGAUCAGGUAAAAUUUGGGGGCGUUAACUUAAAGUUGGGUCUUUAACCAGAGACCACCAUGUAGCAUUAUGGGCGAAAGUUUGGAUUCGGAGUUUAUAAACUUUUCAUCGAAAUGCAAAUCAAAUUUCAUUGAUUUUAUCAAAUGCUGUUCCCA